UAGAAAAGGAGAGUCACGAGCUAAGCCCUAUUUCCCCUCUUCUCAGUCACUCGGAUUUCUCAGUCUCUCAAUUAUUUCUGGACUUUCAUUGCUAAGAACUCGCAGAAGAUGAGUAGCUCAGAUGAAGAAUCGGACUUGAGUGAGUCUGAGAUCAAUGAGUAUAAAGAAAAACCUUAUGAGGAAUUGAGGUCAGGUAAAUACAAAGUAAAGGGUCCAAAUGGGUGCCUUAGAUGUCCGUUCUGUGCUGGAAAGAAGAAACAAGACUACAAGUACAAGGACCUCCUUCAGCAUGCUACAGGAGUAGGCAAAGGUUCUGCAAACAGAAGUGUGAAACAGAAAGCAAACCAUGUGGCAUUGGCAAAGUAUUUGGAGAUCGAUCUAGGAGAUCAAGCUGAGCCACUGCCACAGCGUGCUGUUGCACCAGAAGAUAAUAAUCUGUAUUGUUGGCCUUGGACAGGUAUUGUUGUGAAUGUAUCGAAGGACAAUGCAAACGGGACUGCAGUAGAAGAAGAAGAUUAUUGGUUAAAAAGGUUUUCCAAAUAUGAAGCUCAGGAGGUGAAAAUAUUCUGUGAUGAUAAGUCGCGGACUUCCCAAGUUGUGAUCAAAUUAAAAAGUGAUUGGAAUGGUUAUAAAAAUGCUAUACUUUUUGAGAAUGCCUUUGAAGCUGAGUGCCACAGUAAAAAAGAAUGGACUGCUGAGAGGAGCUCACCUAGUUCACAUGUUUAUGGUUGGUUUGCAAAAGUAGAUGAUUACGAAGCAGAAGGGGCAGUUGGUUAUUACCUCCGUGAGACAAGGCAAUUGAAAACAAUCACUGACCUUUUACAAGAAGAAAAGCGGGACAAAGAUAAAAUUUUGUCCAAUCUAACCAAUGAGCUUGACUUGAAGAAUGAAAAUCUGUCUGCAUUGACAACAAGAUUCAAUGAGAAGAACUUGUCUCUCAGUCGAAUGAUUGAGGAGAAGGACACACUUCACCGUGCUUUUUAUGAAGAAUCUAGGAAGAUGCAGCGUCUUGCACGGGAGCAUGUCCAGAGGGUGUUGCAUGAACAGGAAACACUGAAUUCGGAAUUGGAGAAGAAGAAGAAGCAACUAGAUUCUUGGAACAGAGAGCUGAAUAAGCGUGAAGUCUUGACUGAGCGAGAAAAGCUAAAACUUGAUGAGGAGAAGAAAAGGAAUGAUGAAAGAAAUUCUUCGCUUGAAAUGGCUUCCAAGGAGCAGAAAAAAGCUGAUGAGAAUGUCCUUCGGCUUAUUGAAGAGCACAAGAGAGAGAAGGAGGCAGCUUUGCAAAAGAUACUUGAGCUGGAAAAGGACAUUGAUGCCAAGCAAAAACUUGAAAUGGAAAUUCAAGAGCUUAAGGGAAAACUGGAUGUGAUGGAGCACAUGGGAGGUGACGAUGAUUCAGCUGUACAGGAAAAAAUAAAGGAAAUGAAGGAGCAGCUGGAUGAAAAAAUUGAAGACAUGAAAGAUUUAGAUGAAAUGAAUAAUGCUCUUGUUUUAAAGGAACGUCAGAGUAAUGAUGAGUUGCAAGAAGCUCGUAAAUUACUGAUUCAGGGCUUGAGUGAUCUGCUGAAUAGUGGCCGUUCUCAUAUUGGCAUAAGACGAAUGGGAGAAAUUGACGGAAAAGCCUUCCACAACGUUUGCAAGCAAAGGUUUUCAACUGAGGAAGCUGAUGUGAAGGCCUUAGAACUGUGUUCUCUUUGGCAGGAGAAAGUGAAGGACCCUAAUUGGCAUCCAUUUAGGGUUAUCAAUAUUCAUGAUAGACCUGAGCAAAUCAUAAAUGAGGAUGAUGAAGAACUAAGCAAGCUUAAGGAAGAAUGGGGUGAAGAAAUCUGUGCUGCGGUUAUCAAAGCUGUGGAAGAGGUCAAUGAAUAUAAUGCCAGUGGAAGAUAUGUGAUCCCCGAAUUAUGGAAUUUUAAAGAAGGAAGGAAGGCCACACUGAAGGAAGUUGUCAGCUUCAUCUUCAAGCAACUGAAGACGCACAAGCGCAAGAGACAUGACUAGGGUUAUGCAAGUUGUCAACACUCAAGAGAGAGAGAAAGAGAGAGACUAGUUUUCCUAUCGGAUUCAAUAGCAGCAUAUUAUGACCAUGAAUGUCAUGUCUAGCAUUCUAAUUGACAUCAAGUACACUUUUAAACUAAAUGCUAGUUUUUAUCGACUCCGACUGUUAUGUCUAAUACUAUCAUUUGCAUCUAAUCUAUGUGUGUAUGUACAACUGAAUAUGCCUGGUUGCUGCAAUAAAUUUAGUUAAUUAUAGUGA